UGUGCGCCCCGCCCCCGCUCCGCAGACGUGUCCCGGGCGGUGGAGCUCCUCGAGCGGCUCCAGCGUAGCGGGGAGCUGCCCCCGCAGAAGCUGCAGGCCCUCCAGAGAGUCCUGCAGAGCCGCUUCUGCUCAGCCAUCCGGGAGGUAUAUGAGCAGCUCUAUGACACGCUGGACAUCACCGGCAGUGCUGAGAUCCGGGCCCACGCCACAGCCAAGGCCACGGUGGCCGCCUUCACAGCCAGUGAGGGCCAUGCACAUCCCAGGGUAGUGGAACUGCCCAAGACAGAUGAGGGCCUGGGCUUCAAUAUUAUGGGGGGCAAGGAGCAGAAUUCGCCCAUCUACAUCUCCCGUGUCAUCCCUGGAGGUGUGGCUGACCGGCACGGAGGCCUCAAGCGUGGGGACCAGCUGUUGUCAGUGAACGGUGUGAGCGUUGAGGGUGAGCAGCAUGAGAAGGCAGUGGAGCUGCUGAAGGCUGCCCAGGGCUCCGUGAAGCUGGUGGUGCGUUACACACCUCGGGUGCUGGAGGAGAUGGAGGCCCGCUUUGAGAAGAUGCGCUCUGCCCGCCGACGCCAACAUCAGAGCUAUUCGUCCUUGGAGUCUCGAGGCUGAAACCACAGAUCUGGACCCCCUCCCUAACCCCCUCCCCUGUACAGUAUUUAUUGUCACCAGCUCCUUAUUUAAAGAUCUUUAACCCUCA